CAAAGGCAAACUUUUAAUAUAAAAUGGCUGCUGGUUUUUUCUCUCAACUGCAUUCAAAAGUAAAAUGUCAGCUUCACUGCCAAAAAUGCAAUAUGUCAACCUCGGAAACACCGGAUGCAGAGUAUCAAGAAUCUGCCUAGGUUGUAUGUCAUAUGGCGACAAAAACUGGGCUGACUGGGUCGUUGAGGAGGAUGAAUCGCUUCCUCUCAUUAAGCAGGCCUACGAUGCUGGCAUCAACUUUUUCGAUACCGCUAAUGUCUAUUCAAAUGGCACUAGCGAAAUCAUUUUGGGAAAGGCUAUCAAGAAAUUCAGUCUUCCACGAAAUAAAAUCGUUGUUGCUACUAAGGUAUUUAGCGUCACGACUCCAGAAAACAUGUCUUACCGAGCAUAUGCAAAACCGAAGGAAGUCGUUGAAGCAGAUGGAUAUGUCAACUAUGGCGGUCUGUCCCGCAAGCAUAUCUUUGACUCUGUCGAAGCCAGUUUAAAGAGACUGGAUUUGGAGUACAUUGAUUUACUCCAGAUUCACCGUUUCGACCCUUACACUCCUGUUGAAGAAACUAUGGGAGCUCUGAACGACCUUGUCAGAAUGGGUAAAGUUCGAUACAUUGGUGGAAGCUCUAUGUGGGCAUGGCAAUUCGCCAAGAUGAAUGCGGUUGCCGAAAAGAAUGGCUGGGCCAAGUUCGUCACCAUGCAAAACCAUUAUAACCUUCACCAUCGUGAAGAAGAACGUGAAAUGCACCCUUAUUGCGUUGAUUCAAAGAUUGGUACACUACCAUGGUCACCAUUAGCUGGAGGAAAGUUGGCAGGAAAAAAUCGCGGAACUACCAGAGAGAAAACGACACAACCCUACACCGAAGCAGAGACUGAGAUCAGCGAUCGUGUGGCUGAAAUUGCAAAGAAGAAGAAUGUACCACCGGCACAGGUUGCCAUUGCAUGGGUAUUGGCCAAAAGUGUGGUCAGCUCACCUAUCAUCGGUGCUGGAAAGGAAAGCCAUCUUAUUGAUGGCAUUCAAGCUCUGUCUGUCAAGCUCGAUGACGAUGAAAUCAAGCAUCUUGAGGAACCUUACGUUCCUCGUGUCCCUCAAGGUCACGUAUAAUUAUACAAGCUCAUCAUCGCAUAUGUAAAAGGUAUCUUUCUUUAGAGCAAGAGUACAAUAGCCUAACAAUAAAAGAGUACCAACCUAUAUGAUUACUGUAUUACAAGAUACCCCUCCAAAAAUACCUGUACCCUCUAAAACCCUCCAUGAAAAUACUCUCCUCUCCUCACAAACCCGCUUGCCGCGCCUCUCUUUGACGGCCUACUUCUUGUCCACUUAACCUCAAAAUUUCAAGGCUCUUGCCUCCCGCGUUCGUGCGUUAAUCUUAUCCCUGUAUUUUGUGUGAUCUCAAAUAAAGGAAGUACGGUCAUAUCGUAAGAUCUACCAUACUUACCUCAACUGCC